CCUCCAUCAGUGGCUGGAUCCGAGCCCAGCCUCUCCGCUCAUUGGACUGCGCAGCCGCGCCGCAUAGUCAGCCCAUGUGGCGUGGCCAGCGCGAUGUGACACAUUAUAAUUCACCGGAGACGAGAGGAGGAGGCUGUGAAGGAAACGCUCCCCUCACACUCACUGCAAACCACGGGGACGGACACACACACGUCCGCAGCUACACAACAGAGCACCGCCGUAACUCAGCAUGGACGAGAUCGUCAUCGCAGGGAUCUCGGGCCGUCUGCCCGAGUCCAACAACCUGGAGGAAUUCUGGGAAAACCUCAUCAAUGGCGUCGACAUGGUGACGGAGGACGACCGGCGGUGGACACCAGGGUCCGGCUGGUGGAGCGGGGGUCCCCCCACAGACUGCCGCUCAUGGAGUCAGGGAAGAUCCUGCCGGGAGUUCGGAUCAUCAUCCUCUAACCGGAAACCAAGGGGCCCAAUGGGGGGAGUCUCAUCUGGGCUAGGUUCGUCCCGCUUGUUAUCGUCCUCACACCAUGUGACGCGUUCAUGGAUGCUCCUCCUGCUGGCUUUAGAAAACGCCUUCCACGCCAUUCGCCAGGGCCACUGUGAUGCCGCUCUGGUGGGGGGGGUCAACCUGCUGCUCAAGCCCAACACCUCCGUGCAGUUCAUGAAGCUGGGCAUGCUCAGUCCUGGGGGGACCUGCAGGUCCUUUGACGCAUCAGGAGACGGGUACUGCCGCUCGGAGGCUGCAGUGGCGGUGCUGCUCACCAAGCGGGCGGCAGCCAAGCGCGUCUACGCCACCGUGGUCAACGCGGGCAACAACACGGACGGAUACAAGGAGCAGGGUGUCACGUUCCCUUCAGGCGCGAUGCAGCAGAGGCUGGUUCGCGCUCUGUACCAGGAGGCCAACAUCUCUCCAGAGCAGGUGGAAUAUGUGGAGGCCCACGGCACAGGAACCAAGGUGGGCGACCCACAGGAAGUCAACGGCAUCGUCAGUGUCUUCUGUGAAUCGGAGCGGGAGCCUCUACUCAUGGGCUCCACCAAGUCCAACAUGGGCCACCCCGAACCGGCCUCCGGCCUGGCUGCUGUGGCCAAGGUGUUGCUGUCUUUGGAGCGCGGCGUCUGGGCGCCCAACCUGCACUUCAGCUCUCCCAACCCCGACAUCCCGGCGCUCCACGACGGGCGGGUCCAGGUCGUCGACCGGCCCCUCCCCGUCCGAGGCGGCAUCGUGGGCAUCAACUCCUUUGGCUUUGGAGGCUCAAACGUUCACGUGAUCCUCCGUCCGGCUGAGCGGCAGACGGGCGCGACCGCGCCCCCCAGGACGGUCCCCAGGCUGCUGCAGGCCUGCGGGCGCACGGAGGCCGGCGUGGAGGCCCUGCUCCAGAAGGGGCAGGAGCACGCCGCAGAUGACAGCUUCCUGUCUCUGCUGAAUGAGCUUUCAGGAGCCCCCCCUGCAGGCAUGCCCUACCGGGGCUACGCUCUCAUUGGCUCCCAGAGCGCCGCCAGGGAGGUGCAGCAGGUGCAGGCGCCCGCCAGGCCGCUCUGGUACGUCUGUUCAGGCAUGGGGACCCAGUGGGCCGGUAUGGGCCGCAGUCUCAUGCAGCUGGCGGACUUCAGAGAGUCCGUCCUGCGGUCGGACGCGGCCCUGAAGGACACCGGCCUGGUCGUGUCCCGCCUGCUGAUGGAUGCCGAUGACGCCACCUUUGAGGACACCGUUCACGCCUUCGUUGGCCUCGCCGCCAUACAGAUCGCGCAGAUCGACCUGCUCACCAAGCUGGGUCUGCGGCCCGACGGCAUCGUGGGCCACUCGGUGGGGGAGCUGGCCUGCGGCUACGCCGACGGCUCCCUCAGCCACGCCGAGGCCGUCCUGGCCGCCUACUGGAGAGGCCGCUGCAUCAAGGAGGCCAAUCUCCCCCCAGGGGGCAUGGCCGCCGUCGGGCUGACCUGGGAGGAGUGCACGGCUCAGUGUCCCGUGGGAGUGGUCCCGGCCUGCCACAACUCUGAGGACACCGUCACCAUCUCCGGGCCUCAGGAAGCGAUCUCCACCUACGUGUCCAAGCUGAAGGAGCAGGGAGUGUUCGCCAAGGAGGUGCGCAGCGCUGGCGUGGCCUUCCACUCCCACUACAUGGCCUCCAUCGCGCCGACCCUGCUGGCCGCCCUGAAGAAGGUGAUCAAGGAGCCCCGCCUGCGGUCCCCCCGCUGGGUGAGCACCAGCAUCCCUCAGUCCCAGUGGGACUCCCCCCUGGCCCGGUACAGCUCGGCCGACUACCACGUCAACAACCUGGUGAGCCCGGUGCUGUUCCACGAGGGCCUGGGCCUGGUGCCUGACAACGCCGUGGUGCUGGAGAUCGCUCCUCAUGCGCUGCUGCAGGCCAUCCUGAAGCGGAGCUUGAAGCACACCUGCUCCAUCGUGCCCUUGAUGAAGAGGAGCCACACCAACAACCUCGAGUUCUUCCUCUCGAACAUCGGCAAAGUCUACAUGAGCGGCGUCGGCGUGGACGGGAACGGGCUCUGCCCCGCGGCCACGUACCCCGUGCCGGUCGGGACCCCGCUGAUCUCCCCCCUGCUGCAGUGGGACCACGCGCAGACCUGGGAUGUCCCCAAAGCAGAGGACUUCUCCGGGGGCUCGGCGGGACCCAACUCUGCGACCGUCUACAACAUCGAAAUGAACCCAGAGUCCUCCGACUACUACCUGAUUGGCCACUGCAUCGAUGGGCGUGUCCUGUAUCCGGCGACGGGCUACCUGGUGCUGGCCUGGCGCACCUUGGUGAGGAGUCUGGGGGCGGUCAUGGACAGCACGCCCAUAGCCUUUGAGGACGUCACCAUUCACAGGGCCACCAUCCUGCCAAAGAGCGGCUCGGUCCAGCUGAAGGUGCACCUCAUGCCGGCCACCAACCGCUUUGAGGUUUCAGAGAACGGGAACCUGGCUGUGAGCGGCAAGGUGAGCGUCCUGGAGGACGCAGCGCUCGAUUCCUUCCACGGUCAGAUAGGCCGGCCGGCUGGCGACAGCGCCGAGGACCCCAGCAUGAAACUCAGCACGCACGACAUCUACAAAGAGCUGCGACUGCGCGGCUACGACUAUGGGAAGACCUUCCAAGGCAUCCUGGAGUCCAACAAUGCAGGAGACCGAGGCAAGCUGCAGUGGGCGGGGAACUGGGUGACCUUCCUGGACACCAUGCUGCAGAUGAUCGUGGUCGGGCUGCCGGGUCGCAGUCUGCGUCUGCCAACCAGGAUCCGCUCUGUGUGUGUAGAUCCAGCUGUGCACCUGCAGAAGGUCUGCCAGCACACUGAUGGGAAGCAAGCUGUGGAUGUGCACGUGAACCGCUGCCUCGACAGCAUUGCUGCUGGCGGAGUCCAGAUGUGCGGUCUUCACGCCACUGUGGCCCCCCGUCGGCAGCAGCAGCAGAGCCCCCCCACGCUGGAGGAGUUUGUGUUUGUUCCUCAUGUGGACGCUGACUGCCUGAGGGACGACGUGACCCUCGCCGAGCAGCUGAGGCUCUGUAAAGGUUUGACCAAAAGACUGCAGAAGAAGUUGUCCUCCCACGGGGUCAAGCUGUCCCUCCCUGGACUACAGGGGGAGUCUGAGCGGCCGCUGCCCAGCCCCGAGCCCUCGCAGCCCGGCCUGGUGCGCCUGCUGGCCCUGCUGUGCAGCCUGGAGCUCAACGGAAACCUGCAGUCGGAGCUGGAACAGACGGUUGAGAAGGAGAGGACGUGUCUGCUGCAGGACGGCCUGCUGCAGGGCCUGCUGGACAGCCCGGCCCUGAGACACUGCCUGGACACCACCCUAGAAAACAGCACACCGGGCAAGAUCAAGAUCCUGGAGGCUCUCUCCAGCGAGGGCCGGCUCUUCCCCCGCGUGGCGGCGCUGCUCGGCAUCCAGCCCAUGCUGCGCGUGGACUACACCGCCACGGCGCCCAGCCUGGACCUUCUGGCCCCUCACCAGGCCGCCCUGGAGCAGCUGGCCAUCUCGUCCGCUCAGUGGGACCCGGCGGGGGGGCCGGCUCCUGGAGGCGCGGUGGAGGGCGCGGACCUUGUGGCGUGUAACCACGCCUGGGGCCCUCUGAGGGCGGAGCCCGAGCUCCUGAUGGCCAAUCUGGCUUCUGGAGCCAAAAAAGGGGGCUUUGUUCUCCUGCACACGCUGCUCAAGGGAGAGACGCUGGGGGAGACCGUUGCCUUCCUCUCCAGCAGCACGGCGAGCAGCGGCCAGCGAGGGCUGCUCACCCAGGCCGAGUGGGAGAAGGUGUUCUCAGAAGCCUCCCUCAACCUGGUGGCCGUCAGGAAGUCCUUCUAUGGCUCCGCCCUCUUUCUGUGCCGCCGCCGCCAGUCUCCAAGCAAGCGGCCUGCUUUCCUUCCUGUGGACGGCGCCGACUACCAGUGGGUGGAGACGCUGAAGGAGAAGAUGGCGGCGUCGCCCGACUGUCCCGUGUGGUUGACGGCCUCCAAGUCCCACUGCGGCAUUGUGGGGAUGGUCAAUUGUCUACGGCAGGAGCCAGGUGGCAACCGAAUACGCUGUGCGUUUGUGUCCAAUCUAAACGCGUCUUCGUCAGCACCGACCCUCCAGCCGGCCCACGAGUCCAUGCAGUCGGUGCUGGACGGGGACCUGGUCAUGAACGUGUUCCGGGACGGACGCUGGGGCGUCUUCAGGCAUCAGCUCAUCGCUCAAGAUCUGAACGAGGAGCUGACGGAGCAGGCCUACGUCAACGUGUUGACUCGAGGCGACCUCUCGUCUCUGCGCUGGAUCGCCUCCCCGCUGCGCCACUUUGUGACCAGCAGCCCCGACGUGCAGCUGUGCCGCGUCUACUACAGCUCGCUCAACUUCCGAGACGUGAUGCUGGCCACCGGCAAGCUGCCGCCCGACGCCAUUCCAGGGGACCUGGCUCUGCAGCAGUGCAUGUUGGGUAUGGAGUUCUCGGGCCGUGACCCCGCGGGUCAGCGUGUGAUGGGGCUGCUGCCUGCCAGAGGCCUGGCGACGAGCGUCGACGCUGACAAGCGCUUCCUGUGGGCCGUCCCCUCCAGCUGGACCCUGGAGCAGGCGGCCUCGGUGCCGGUGGUCUACGCCACGGCCUACUACUCCCUGGUGGUGCGCGGCAGGCUCCGCCCCGGAGAGACUGUUCUCAUCCACUCAGGGUCGGGGGGCGUCGGCCAGGCUGCCAUCGCCAUCGCACUCAGCCAGGACUGUAAAGUCUUCACCACUGUCGGCUCGGCGGAGAAGCGGGCCUACCUCCAGGAGAGGUUCCCCCGGCUCUCAGCAGAGUCCUUCGCCAACUCCAGAGACUCGUCUUUUGAACAGCACGUCCUGCUCCACACAAAGGGCAAAGGCGUGGACGUGGUGCUGAACUCUCUGGCCGAGGAGAAGCUACAUGCUAGCAUUCGCUGCCUGGCCCGACACGGACGCUUCCUGGAGAUCGGCAAAUUUGACCUGUCCAACAACUCCCCCCUGGGCAUGGCUCUGUUCCUGAAGAACGUGGCCUUCCACGGCAUCUUGCUGGACGCUCUCUUUGAAGAGGGCAACCGGGAGUGGGAGGAAGUGUCCCAGCUGCUGAAGCAAGGCAUUGUGGGAGGUGUAGUCCAGCCGCUGAAGACCACGGUGUUUGAGAGGGACCAGGUGGAGGAAGCGUUCAGAUACAUGGCUCAGGGCAAACACAUUGGAAAGGUUCUCCUGCAGGUUUGUCACGAGGAGAGCGGUUCCUCGGCCCAAACUGCUCCCACAAAGUCUUUUCUGGCCAUCUGCCGCACCUUCUGCCCCCCCUCCCACGCCUACAUCAUCACCGGGGGCCUGGGGGGCUUCGGCCUGGAGCUGGCUCAGUGGCUGACCGAGAGAGGAGCCCGCAAACUAGUGCUCACCUCCAGGUCGGGCAUCAAGAACGGUUACCAGGCGAAGCGAGUGCGUGAAUGGCGGAGUCGAGAUGUGGAGGUGCUGGUGUCGACCAAUGAUGUCAGCACGCUGGGGGGAACGCAGCGACUCAUCGCCGAGGCCAGCUCCCUGGGCCCAGUGGGCGGGGUCUUCCACCUCGCCAUGGUGUUGAAAGACGGCAUGCUGGAGAAUCUGACUCCUCAGCUCUUCCUGGACGUAAACAAGCCUAAAUACGACGGCACCGUGAACCUGGACAAAGCUACCAGAGACUCGUGUCCCGACCUCUGCCAUUUCGUGGCCUUCUCCUCGGUCAGCUGUGGCCGCGGCAACGCCGGCCAGAGUAACUACGGUUACGCCAACUCCGCCAUGGAGCGCGUGUGUGAGCAGCGCCGCCACGACGGCCUCCCUGGACUGGCAGUGCAGUGGGGGGCCAUAGGCGACGUGGGCGUGGUGCUGGAGACCAUGGGCGGCAACGACGCCGUGAUUGGCGGCACCCUCCCACAGCGCAUCGCCUCCUGCCUGGAGGUGCUGGACCGCUUCCUCUGCCAGCGGCGGCCGGUGAUGUCCAGCUUCGUUCUGGCAGAGAGGGCGGCGGCGAAGAGCGAGGCGGGGAGCCGCCGGGACCUGGUGGACGCCGUGGCUCACAUCCUCGGCGUGCGGGACGUCAGCAGCCUGAACGCGGACGCCUCCUUGGCCGACCUCGGCCUGGACUCCUUGAUGGGCGUCGAGGUUCGGCAGACGCUGGAGCGCGACUACGACAUCGUCAUGGCCAUGAGGGACAUCCGGCAGGUCACCAUCAACAAGCUGCGCGAGCUGGCCAGCAGCAAGCCCGGCGGCCCGGACGAAGGUCAAAGUGCAGCGGCGAAGGGGAGCGGCGUCCGCUCGUCGCUGGAGUCUGAUCUCAGCCUCCUGUUGGUCGACCCCAGCAGCCCCACAGUGGCGCCGCUCAACCACGUCCAGAGCCAGGAGAGGCCUCUCUUCCUGGUCCAUCCCAUCGAGGGCUCCGUCUCCGCCUUCAGGACUCUGGCCUCCCGGCUGAGCGUGCCGUGCUACGGCCUGCAGUGCACGCAGGCUGCCCCCCUGGAGAGCAUCCAGGCCCUGGCAGCCUACUACGUGGGCUGCGUGAGGCAGGUGCAGCCGGUCGGGCCCUAUCGCAUCGCCGGCUACUCCUUUGGGGCCUGCGUGGCCUUCGAGCUGUGCGCCCAGCUGCAGAGCCACAAUCUGCCCGUGGAGAACCUCUUCCUGCUCGACGGCUCCCACUCGUAUGUGGCCGCGUACACACAGAGCUACCGGGCCAAGCUGACACCAGGCAACGAGUGCGAGGCGGAGACCGAGGCGCUGUGUGCCUUCGUCCAGCAGUUCACCAGCAUCGCGUACAACAAGCUCCUGGAGACUCUCCUCCCGCUGCCCGACCUCGAGGCCCGGGUCAACGCCGCGGUGGACCUCAUCGCCUCCAGCCACAAGAACAUCAGCCGGGACUCGCUGCACUUUGCAGCCACCACCUUCUACUACAAGCUGAAGGCCGCUGACUGCUACGUGCCGGCGUCCAAGCUGCACGGCAGCGUGGCGCUACUGCGCGCCAACACCAGCAGCGACUACGAGCGGAGCCUGGGAGCCGACUACAAGCUCAGCGAGGUCUGCGAUGGCGACCUGUCGGUCCACGUCAUUGAGGGGGACCACCACUCCUUCCUGGAAGGGGAGGGGGCGGAGUCCAUCUGCAGCAUCAUCCACAGCUCAUUGGCUGGGCUCGGUGCGAGGGCGAGCUAGAGGGCAGCUGACCAUCGGACUGAUACCACGUUGUUCUACAGCCCCUUCCCCCGUGUCCCAAACGCACCUUACUGCACCCGUCGCUUCUGAUUUAGUUCUAAUCGUCCGUUCCAGCAGCUGUCACAGCUUCUGUGUGCUGAAGGACACGUAUGUUACAUUCCGCCGUGUUUUGAAUUAUAACAGGGAUUCAUUUUGAAGCAGAAAUCUCUCCACCCAACAGUCCAUUUUAGCCCCACGAUUCAUUAAUAAUUAACACUGUUCACAUUCAGAAUAUGGAAAAUACCAGUAAAACAUCUGCAUUAUGAAUCUCCCCUUAAUGAGCUGCCGGUGCACGUUCCCUGCUAACAAAGCUAGCUCGCCCCCUGAGCGCUAAUGGGCUCCGUGUCAGGCAGCAUGAACAGAGGUCACAGAGGUCACAGAGGUCUGUGGGGCCGCUGGAAGUCAUCGCGCACUCAGCAAGAUGCUACGCGAGUAGCUCUGCAGACCUUCGCAGGGAGACGAGCACUGCAACUCAAACCAAGAGGAGCAGAAGGGCCAUUCGAGGCUGACUAACAGCUGGAAGAGGUCGACAAACUCCUUCAAUCGGCUGCAGAGGAUCGUACCAGCCGCCUGCCGUCUGGACUGUAAUAGUCUUACAAAGCGUGUCCCACCUGUAGCGUGUAGCAUAGCAUAGCAUAGCUAACUCAAGUUCAGCAGUGUACAAACAGGCAGCUGUUGGACACAACAGUCCACUAACCUCUAUGUUAACUGACACGUUCAUGUCCUUUACCACCAAAAGCUGCACACGCACACACACACACACACACACAUGAAUGCUGAGCGAGCACGAAUGCAUUAGUUGACCUGACCGCAUUGGUAAUCAGUUUUAUUUUAAUCAAAUAUUUAUUAUUGGCUUAUUUUGUGGCAAAUAACUGUUGGGGGAGAAUCCCUGGAUGUUUUAUAUAUUUUGUCCCGCUGGCGUCAAACUAAAAGUCGGUUAUUUGGAUUCAUGUGUUGGUUUUCACCAUGAAGUAAUGUUACAGAAUGACCUCGACAGGCCACAGGGGUUUAUAAAAUAGAUGUUUACAAGGGGAUUCUUUUUAUUUUGAAGUUCCCCUAUUUCCUAAAAUGCCGUGAUACUAAUGAAAUUAAAAAUGUUAAUGUUGUUAUAUGGCACCAACUUUCCUACAGAGGAAGAUGUUUCAUUUAGUCCGGUUCACUGUGUUCACGGUCCUUAUGGGUCGGAUUCCAUGUCAUGUGACGGGCCAAAGAGGCCACGCCCAUUCCUCCCAGCAGGUUGGUUUGUUUGCUGCAGGGUGCUGUGAGGGGCGACCUGGUGACCGGCACCGUGCUGUCUCCUAUCCUCACUUCCUCCCCAGAAUCCACCUUUGAGUUGUGACUGAGCACCAAGUGUCACUGAUGGAGCGGCCUCUGACUCCGAAGACCCUCACCACAGCAGCCCCCCAGGCCCUGCAGCCUGAGACCUUCCCGUGGUCUAUGACGGGGGGCCUGCAGGCUGCUCGUGGUGAGCAGGAGAAGGAAGGGGCCGCAUCGAGUUCUUAUGUCCAGUAUUGUUGUUCAUGACUAAUAAAGGUGUUCUGCUGAUCCCUUCA